AUGGUCGAGCUCCAUCAGAUUGUCCAGAAAGACCACGAAACGGUCAAUGAGUACAACGUACACUUCAAUACGUUAAUUGCAGAAGCAGAAAUAGUCAACCCAGACGCUGACGGAAACCUCCUCCAGCAAUACUUGAGCGGAUUAAAGGAAUUACUUGCACGCCAAUUGAUCGCCCAUAUGCUGAUCAACGCCACACUCUUCCAGUGGCAACAACAAGCCCUCGAGCUAGACAACAGGCUCGGAAUUCUCAGGCAUAUCAAAAACAGGCAGAUGCACCUUCCUACAAAUUCCGGAACCACGACAACCACUCCGACAUCCUCUACCCAGAAUGCAGGCAACCUCGGCAAGCAGAAGGAAGAGGAGCCUACCGAGGAGGAGGAAACCAAAGAGGCAGAGGCCGAGGAGGUAGAGGGAACUGGAGAAACUACCAAGGCGAUCUAUCUGCAAAUCGCCCCUACGUUCAAGUCACUCAAUGGGACAGAAAUCCAAGCUCCCCUCAUCCACCAGCAGUCAGCAACCCAAUUCUGGUAG